CAGAAAAAUGAGUGGUGGGUUGGCACCAAGCAAAAGCACAGUGUAUGUGUCCAAUUUACCCUUCGCUUUGACAAACAAUGAUCUGUACAGGAUAUUUUCAAAGUAUGGGAAAGUUGUCAAAGUUACUAUUAUGAAAGACAAAGACACCAGGAAGAGUAAAGGAGUUGCCUUUAUUUUGUUUUUGGAUAAAGAAUCUGCACAAAACUGUUCUCGGGCACUUAAUAACAAACAGUUGUUUGGAAGAGUAAUAAAAGCAAGUAUUGCCAUUGAUAAUGGAAGAGCAGCAGAAUUCAUUCGCAGGCGUAAUUACUUUGAUAAGUCUAAAUGCUACGAAUGCGGGGAAGCAGGACACUUAAGUUAUGCGUGUCCUAAAAAUAUGCUAGGAGAGCGGGAGCCACCAAAAAAAAAAGAAAAGAAGAAAAGAAAGAAAGUAGUUGAGCCCGAAGAAAUUGAGGAGGAGGAAGAAACCGAAGAGGAAGGAGAAGACCCUGCUCUAGAUAGUCUCAGCCAAGCUAUAGCUUUUCAGCAAGCCAAAAUUGAGGAAGAACAACAAAGAUGGACGCAGUCUGCAGGGGAAUCUUCAAUUUCAGAUGAUUCAAAACGUCCACGGAUUAAGAAAAGUGCUUAUUUCAGUGAUGAGGAAGAACUUAGUGAUUGAAAUAAUGCUGUUUUAUAUGCAUAUAUAAUAUACAGAGUGUACAUUUUGUAAAGUGCUACAAAGUUAUCUGUAAUACAGGUUUGUCUCGGUGUUGAAGAAACUUACUGAAAAUCUUGUUCUAUUUCUGCCCUGACGCCCAGACCUCCCAUCAUUUAAUCUCUCUCUUUUUCAAAACUUCACCUUUGAAGGCAGUCUCUUAAGAAAAUUAU